GCGCGCGCGGGGUGGGAGACGGUUGGUUGCGAGGCGCGCGAAGAGAUGGGAGUCGGUUGCGAGGCUGGGGGCGCGCGUGAUGGGGACGGUCGUUCGCGAGGCGCCGGUCGCGGGAGCGCGCGCGAUUGAGCCGGGCGCGCGUCCGUCCUCACCCUCCCUCCCUCGCUCCCGCUAGCGUUUCCUUCCCCUGUUGCCGGGCGGACGGCGCUGGUGUGAGGGCGGCAGCGGGGAGUCUCUCCCUCACUACAUGUGUGUCUGUGUGUGUGGGGGGAGAUCUUUCUCCUCCUCCUCCUCCUCCUCCCCCCUCUCUCCUGACGGGACUGCAAAAAAUAUAUAUAGAGAUCAGAAAGAAAAUCUAUCAAAUCCGGAUAAAACAAACGAAAAGCAAACAUGCCGGAGGUGAUCACGGUGCCGGAAUUUAUCUGCGAGACCCAGGAGGACCACAGCUCGCCGACGACCUCCUCCUUCACCACCAAGAUGGCAAGCUGCAGGAACACGGUAACAGCGCUGGAGGAGGCUUUAGACAAGGACAGAUUUGUACUCCAGAAAAUGAAGAAGGCAGUCAAAACAAGAUACACCACAGGGCAAGAAGACAUAUCCCUACAGGAAACAUUCAUAAAUGAACUGGAAAAACUUGUAGCUAAUUUCCAAAGUAAUGAAGAGCUAGUACUGGCUGAAGCUUUCAGUAAAUUUGCGGAAUACUCUAGAGAGCUGCUGACACCAAUGAGAAACCUGUUGCAGAGUGCGAACCAUAUUGUAUUUUUUCUGAACUCCCUGCUAAGAGGAGAACUGAAAGGAGUCAAGGGGGAUAUAAAGAAACCUUUUGACAAAGCUUGGAAAGAUUAUGAAGGCAAAUUUACCAAAAUUGAAAAAGAGAAAAGAGAACUUGCAAAGCAGUACGGAAUGGUUCGAAUUGAGGUAACCGGAGGUGAAAUAGCAGAGGAAAUGGAAAAAGAACGGAGGAUGUUUCAGCUACAGAUGUGUGAGUAUCUGAUAAAAGUGAAUGAGAUAAAGACGAAAAAAGGAGUGGACUUACUGCAGAACUUCACCAGCUAUUGCCAUGCACAGUUUAUAUUCUUUCAAGAAGGCUUGAAAACAGCUGAAAAGAUUAGGCAUUACGUUGAAAUGCUUGCAGCAGAUUUACAGAACAUUAAACAGAACCAGGAGGAGGAAAAGAAGAAGCUAUGUAGCCUUCGAGAUCAGCUCAAACCAACUUUACAGUUAGACCACAAGGAGGAUUCUACGAACCGCCAGUCCGUUUACAGUAUGCACCAACUUCAGGGCAAUAAGCAAUAUGGUACUGAAAAAGUGGGAAUCCUGUACAAGAAAAGUGAUGGGUUGAGGAAAGUUUGGCAGAAGAGGAAAUGUAUCGUAAAGAACUGUUACCUCACCAUAUCGCAUGGAACACCAAACCGACAGCCAGCAAAGCUCAACCUCCUCACCUGUCAAGUGAAGCCUAGUUUGGAAGAUAAAAAAUGCUUUGACCUAAUUUCACAUAACCGCACCUAUCAUUUCCUGGCAGAUGAUGAGCUGGACUGUAUGGCGUGGAUUUCUGUUUUAACUAACUGCAAGCAAGAGGCUCUAAAUAUGGCUUUCCAUGAAGAGCACAGUAGUGCAGAGAGUAGUAUUGAAGACCUAACCAAAGCCAUCAUUGAAGAUAUCCAACAAAUGUCGGGGAAUAGCGAGUGUUGUGAUUGUGGAGCAGAAGGUCCAACCUGGCUUUCUACCAAUCUUGGAAUCCUGAUUUGUAUAGAAUGUUCUGGAAUUCAUCGGGAGAUGGGUGUACAUUACUCUCGUAUACAAUCUCUCUCUUUGGAUAAACUUGGCACCUCUGAACUUUUGUUGGCAAAGAAUGUUGGGAAUUCAAAGUUCAAUGAACUUUUGGAGGCUAAUCUUCCAAGUUUACCAGUAAAACCAAGUACAGACAGUCCCAUGGCAACACGAAAAGAUUACAUCGUUUCCAAGUAUAUAGCUCAUCAAUAUGUAAAAGAGACCAAUGGUACUCCUGUGACAAAGCUGAAUAAUUUGUACAUUUCCGUGAAAGGCAAGGAUAUAUUUGCAUUGUUACAGGCCUAUGCAGAAAAAGUUGACCUCAGCGAAUCACUGACGUUAUUUGAUCAGGAACCUGGAGAAACCGCUCUGCAUCUUGCCAUACAGCAUGCAGACCGCACCUCAUUGCACAUUGUGGAUUUUCUGGUUCAAAAUUGUGGGAACCUCAGCAAGCAGACAGUGAAGGGAAACACAGCCAUUCAUUAUUCCUGUCUACUCAAUAAAACAGAAUGUCUCAAACUCCUUCUGAAAGCCAAGGCCAACACCAGUGUUUUAAAUGACGAUGGAGAGACUGCGAUGGAUAUUGCUCGAAGACUGAAGCACCAAUGUUGUGAAGAGUUGUUGACCCAGGCAAAAUUAAACCAAUUUAAUCUCCACACUAAUGUGGAGUAUGAAUGGCGACUAGGACAGGAAGAUAUUUAUGAGAGUGACGACGAUUUAGAUGAGAAGGGACCUGUUAAGAAAGAGCGCUCUCGGCCCUAUAGCUGCUACCAGCCUGCCAGCACUUCUUCCCGGAGCCUGGAGAAGCCUAAUACAGCUGCCGUCAGCAGAGACUCCACAUACCUGCCAAGAGAGCGGCGACGGGAGCUGCCUUCUGGAUGGGCCAGUCAGCCGCGAAGCUUGGAAUCUCAGCUUCCCUCUCCUUUAUCAGAGGGGCCGCCUAUUCCCCCCAGAAUCCCCAUCAGAGCUCCAAGUGUCCCACCACCUCCACCCCCACCAUCUGCUGUCUCCACUCCCCCUGCUGGAACGGGAACAUUUAUCUCUGAAAGUCCGUCAAUGAAGAAACGACCACCCCUACCUCCACUCAUAACAAAACAUAAACGGACACUCUCUGAACCAACGCCAGCAGUGCCUCCUUGCCCUAUGAAUCGCAAGCAGUCAUCAUUCGAUUCUACUCCGCCAUCUAGCCCUUCUGCUACUAUGAUGGAUAGAUUUUCACCAAAAUCAAGUAUUGGCUCUCCAAAAAUCUCACCUGGGCUACAUUCUCUCCCAGAGUUACCAGAGACAGUGGUUCAGAAGAAAUCAGAACAAGUCUACUCCAUACCCAAAAAAUCACAAAAUAUUUCAGACGUCGGUCAGAGGUCACCAUGGUCUACUAGUUUACCUAUACAGUCUUCAUUUCCUGAGCCAUGCAACGAUACCUAUGCUGUGCCUGGAAACCCCAAACCACUUCCCCGUAAAACAUACAUGACAAAACCAAGAUUUCGUAAAGGAAGAGCCAUUUACAACUGCACAGCAGAUCAUGCCGAUGAACUUACAUUUGAGGAGGGCGAGGUGAUUGUAGUUAUUGGAGAGGAUGAUAAGGAGUGGUGGAAUGGCUACAUAGAUGGACAGCCUCACCGGAAGGGUCUCUUCCCAGCAUCUUUUAUCCAGUUGCAAACAAGUUAACGGCUGCAAUUCCUCAGACAAGGAGCAUUAAAGAUGUGCGUCAAGUCCAAUGUUAUUCGCUUCUUCCAAUUAUUUUUUCAUUGAGAGCUUGAAGCAUUUAUCUGAAAGGCAUCAUGCGGAGGCCACCUUUUGUAACCAUGAAGACUGAGCCAGCAACCCCUCUGAGGGAAAGAGCUAGAAUGGUUCAUCGGGUAGUUUGGUGGAAGCCAAGUUUGUGGGUCACCUUCAGGAAAGAUCCAAAUUGCUGCUUUAAGGCAGGUGGUUGUUUACUUAGUGUGGCAAAAAAUGUGCGUUUUACUGUAAUUUGCUAUUGCUCGGUGGUAUAUAAAAAUCUUUGUUUCCAACCAGUAAAAUAAUUCAGGAUUGUGUUUGAGGAUUUUGAAUGGUCACCAACAGCAUUGCUAUGAAUUGGCCAAUGCCUUUGGAAAAUGCCUAUCACGGCUAGAAAUGAUUGCAAGGAGACAGGAACUCUCUCCAAUUUCACUUGAGAAUGUCACUUGUAAGCAAGCAGCAAUCAUGACAAUCUAUCCUGGCCAGCAGACUCUUGUGUGGUAGGGGAAGAAGAAUGUGAAAAAAAUUAUGAGCAAGUAUGUGGACUUUUAGUUCUUAAAAAAAAUGGAAAGUAAUAAUUUUACAAAUGUUACAUGUUCAUGUUGUAUAUUUAAACCAGAAAAUUAAUUCCUAGACCAUUCUUUAAAAUAUGGUAUACUUUAAAGAUUAGGCAUGUGUAGAAUAAGGGUCCCGAUCGGAAACAUUAUCGGUCCAUUUCCCUCCACAGAUGCUGCCUGACCUGCUGAGUUCCUCCAGCAGUUUUUUUUUUUUGCUCUUAGGUUUGUUUUACUGUGCAAUAAGUGUGCAAAUAUGAAUGACUGAUAUUUGUAAUAUAAAGCAAAUUGAAAUAAAAGGAUAUUUCUUUGUAACCAUCCCUCCAAAUAAAUGGCAGGAGGAAGCAAGAAGGGUUAGGAAUUAAUGUCCUUGUGAACCUACCUUAGCAUUGGGAAUGCUGGCUGGAUUUUUCUUAAUGUUGGGAAAGUUGGCCGGAAUUUUCUUAACGUUGGAAAAGUUUGCUGGAUGCUUCCUAAUGCUGGGAAUGUUGGCUGAAUUUUUCUUGGGUGGAUUUGUACAAGUCAGCUACCUCUGCGGAGAGUGAACUGCUUUUCCAUUGAAAAUUAGUAUUUGAGUCUCGAGAGGAGACCUCAGGACUGCAGCUACAUCAUCGAGAACUCGAACAAAGUAAUCAUGACUGAUUUGUGCAUUUCAUUUGUGUCAAACAUGCCACUGUUUAUCUUGUAACUGAUCAAUUGGACGAUGAAUGGAUUGUUAUAAUCCCACACACAUGGACAAAAAUAAGAUUGGUGUCAUAAAUUAUAAAGUACACAUUGUUUGGAAGUGUUCAGUUAGAACAAUUACAUCAAAUUAUGAUAUUUACCUCCAAGUCAAGUGGUGAUUCUCCUUAUCCCACCAGUGGAUUUGGUUCGUUUAAAUUCACUAUUACUAUGGAGGGAAUAAAUGGAGCACGAAUGCUGGAUUAUGCAUGGUCGAUAUGGAACCUGAAAUCAAAUUGCCAACUCAUUACAGAGAAAGCUGUAAAUGAAUUUUGUAUUCUGUGUAUGACCUUACAUAAAGUGUUGAUAUUUGCCUUUGAACCGUUCUGCCAACAUGCAAAUAUUGUGGUGAGGUUUGCAAUAUUUUAUUUGGUCUCAAAUAAGACUGUUUCUGAAUCUGAAAUGGAACCAGAGUUAGGAUCAAUAUGAAAUGGAUCAGUGCAAUCUGGAGUUAUGAAACUGUUGGGGGGUUUUGUUGUUUUUAUUAACUUUUGUUGAUUCCAAAUCAUUUCAGAAUUUUGAUAGCUAACUCUGAAUAAUGUGCUGAGUAUUUUCGUAUGUGUAUUUUAAAGGUAUAUCCCACCUUAAUUAUCAUUGUGAAUAAAUUGAAAACUCAGUUAAUGACUGAAUCAUUGUGUCCAAUUCAGACAUACUUCAAUUUUUUGACACAGCAAAUAGAAUUUCCAUCCGGAGCACCUUCCAGUAACCAAAAAUACACUUAAUAUCACAUUUCAUAGAAGUUCAAUUGUGCUCUCAGAGAAUGGCACAGCGGCGUAGCAGGUAGAGCUGCUGCCUCACAGCUCCAGAGACACGGGUUUGAUCCUAACCUUGGGUGCUGUCUGUAUGGAAUUCCCACAUUCUUCCUGUGAUUAUGUGGGUGUCCUUGGGUGCUCAAUUUCCUCCCAUAACCCUAAGAUUUGCGGGUUUAUAGGUUGAGUGGCCCUCUGUAAAUUUCCCCUAGUGUGCAGGGAGUGGAUGUGAAAGUGGGAUAACAUAGAACCCGUAUUAACGGGUGAUCGAUGAGCUGUAUCUUUCAAUCAAUGAAUCAAUCAAGGACCUUAAAGCUAUCCCCUCUUAUCUUUGACAUUUCCACUGUGGGGAUAAAGGUUCUGACUGUUUACCCUAUCUAUGCCUCUCAUAAUUUUAUAUACAUACUAGACCAAGUGCAGACCCGUUGGGUCUGCUCCCCCAACGCACCCCUUCCCUACCCGUAGCCCCCACGGGAGGCGUGGUCCUCCAUCUCAAGUUCUGUUCAACAAUAGGACAGUUAUGCUGUGGUGGAGUUGCUGCCUCACAGCGCCAGACACCCGGCCUCAAUCCUGACUACGGGUGCCAUCUGUAUGGAAUUUGUACCUUCUCCCUGUGACUGCGUGGCUUUUCUCCAGGUUCCUUCCACAUCAUAAAGACAUGCGGGUUUGUAGGUUAAUUGGCUUCUGUAAAUUGUCCCUAGUAUGUAGGGCAGUGCUGGUGUCACUGAUGGGCAUGGAUUUGGUGGGCCAAAGGGCCUGUUUCCGUGCAGUAUCCCUAAAGUAAAGUCUAAAACUGAAGUAAACCCUUUUCCCCUCCCAAUGUUUCUGUAAGACACGAGGGAAUGAUUUUCCCAGAUGAAUGUGUUCAGUCAAGGCAGAUGUUUAUUUCUGUGGCAACAAUUCCUUGCACGUUUCUGCUUCUGGGGCCAGAACUCAGGGCACAUACAUUUUUGGGGAGUUCCAGGACUUGUUGCAGGGACGGGAAGCUGAGCUUUCUGUCUAAGGAGACUAAAAGGUCUCCAGCCCUAGGCAUUGCAGCAGACCAUGUGUGGGAGGUAGCUUCUAUCCCCUUCACCACCAAUACCCGAGUGACACAGACUCACACCAAGUUCUCUUGGUGGAGGUUCAGGACUCGAGGGCCUGAGCUAUAGGGAAAGGUUUCGCAGGCUAGGACUUUAUUCCCUGGAAUGCAAGAGGCUGAGAGGUGAUCUUAUAGAGAUGUGUGAAAUCAUGAGAGGAAUAGAUUGGGUAAACGCACAGAGUCCUUUACCUGGAGUAGGAGAAUUGAGAACCAGAGGACACAGGUUAAAGGGGAAGGAAGAAAGAUUUAAUAGGAACCUGAGGGGCAACAUUUUCACACAGAGGCUGAUAGGUAUAUGGAACAAGCUGCCAGAGUAUGUAGUUGAGGCAGGUACUAAUAUAAAGUUUAAUAAACAUAAACAGGCUUGUAAACCACCAUCUGCAGUUCCUUGUACUUCAUCCCUCUUUGUUGGUGAGAAUGCAAAGCUAAAAUUAACUUUCAAGUUCAUUUUAAAAGUAAAAAGUACAAAAUAUAUCCUACAACAGUAUUUGUGCGUGUGUGUGUGUGUGUUCAUUGGGCAUAUGGUGGCACUCCAUUGUUUCUUUGCAAUCUCCUCAAAGUUUGAGCAAGUUCCUUUGAAUAAGUAUUCUGAUUGUAACUGUUUUGUGGCAGAAAUGUUGAUUCCACAUUUGUACUGUGAACAGACAAAAUAUAGAGUUUUUGUUUUGUUUGAGGGGGGACUCUUGAUGCUGCUUGGUUUAUUAUAAUUUUUUACUUGUUCAUAAUUUAAAACGCAGGAAAAGUUUGCAACAAUAUAGUGCCUUCCCACUUCUCCAAACCAUCUCAAUGUAUUUUCUCACGAGCAUUAAUUAGUUUAAAGCAUGAUAUUAGGUCUUAGUUAAGCAACUCUAUUGCACUCAGCGUUGCUCAAUAUUAAAGUGUAUUAAAUUGUAUUUAUUAUGUCAUAUGUUUAUUUUGAAAAUCAAGUUAAUAGAAUUUGAUUUGCUUUCACUGUAUUCUAUGUACAGUCUGAUGUAUCAAGCAUCUGUGGCACAUUCCCAUUUUUAUUUUCUUUGUACUAUUGUAUCAAGGAAGAGUUAUGUUAUUUUUAGAAAAAAUGUGUAUGAUGUUACUUAAAACUGUGGUAUUUGUAAAAAUUAAAAGGAAUGCAAAGA